CACAACCAAGGCAAUCGUUCACCUUGUUACUUUGACAAGGUCUCCCUCACUUGACUUCUACUUCUUCUUUGCUCCCACGACCCUUCCACACUAACUCCCAAACAUCCCUCUCUUCCAACACCAAGUACAUGUCAUGAAAGUCAACGAUCAUGGACAAGAGGAACCCGUCAUUGCCUAAGGGCAAACGCGAAGGCACUGUUACUGAAGCCGACUUAGACGAGCAGCUUAUGGCUCUUGCCGAUGGCUACGAUGAUCCGGGCCCUUCAUCGAGCCCUUCAGGUUCUCCGGAGUCUCUCCAGUCAUCCGAGUAUGCAGACGACAACGACAGCCAUGACGAUGAGACCGCUGCCCGCAUCUCUCAGUAUGCCGAUGACGAAGCCAAGUUCAGAGAUGGUCUGGCCCCUUACUUUGCCGCGAAAAACAAUCUUGUCACGCAAGUCCACCUGGGUAAACUCAUGAAGUCAGGCGCCAAGCCACUCUUCGUCUACGGAAGCAAGAUGUUCGCUCCCGUUCUCUGCGCAAUCCUUAGCCUCGAGUCAGAGCAGCUCUGUAUCAGCAACAUGACACCGGCCUACUUAGACGGAUAUGACCGUUUCUGCAUCAAGAACUCACACAAUGCGGCAGUCCUACCUCACGACCCUUCUCGCAACAGUCGCCCACUAGCAGUUGAUGGCAUGCUAAUCUUCAAUCUGACGGACAAAGCAAAGGCUAAAAUCGACGAGUACGAGGGUAUCACGAAAGACGAACCUGACGAGGCCAUCUACCGCAAAAUCCUGGUCCAUCCAAAGCUCCAACUUGCUGCUGAUGGUGGAAUGGUUACGGUCGAAGCUGAAAUGUACCUCUGGGCUUGCGACCCGAUGUUCCUCAAACUUCAGCCCUCUGAGACAAUCAUGUGGACGGCGGCGGACUUCGUGCUGUGGCAGAUGGAAGUGAGGAAGCAGAAAACAGAGGAGGAAGCGGCCCAGGGAAAGCGUGAGCUUAGGUCGCUAAACGGCAAGCGUUGAGCCGAAACACCAAGCAACCCGAUGGACAGUCUGGGUCAGUACUCUCACUACACUUGGCAGCUAACGCAGUCUGUUGUUGUCACUUCCCGAAAAGCAUCGAAUGCUACCUUUGCUCUGAGCACUAUCAGUGGUACUACUUCUUCAAGUAAACUGGCUUAAGCAAAUCAAUUAACUGCCA